GAAAUUAAGGAAUUUUUGCCAAGCCUGCUCUACAUCCAUAGAAUUGAUGCACCUAGGAUGCAAGGCUCUGCGCUUCGGAAUUUCGGGACCUUCAAGCAGUUAUGCGGGGAAGAGUUCUACAAGAAUAUUAUGCUUGGAACCACCUAUGCGACGACAAUUGGAGAAGAGCGAGAAACUCAGUUGAGAGAGAAAGGAGGAUUCUGGCAUGCGUUGUUGCAAAAAGGUUCCGAGAUCGUCCGAAUUCCCAGGGAGCAGGACUCAGCUCGAGAUGUAAUCUUCCACUUGACGUCGAAAGACCCUGCCUUCCUCAACUCACAACUAGAGAUGAGCACAAUGGGCCUUUCUCUGGAUGAGGUGUCGGCUACUAAGACCAUCAAU